UAUGACUUCCAUCAUCAAGAUGCACGCCAUAUCGGGCGCGAUGGAUGAAUCGCCACCGUGCUACAUUCUGCAGGUGGACGAUGUGCGUAUACUGCUUGAUUGUGGCUGGGACGAAAAGUUCGACCAGGGGUUUAUAAAAGAAAUCAAAAAGUAUGUGCAUACCAUCGAUGCAGUACUUCUGUCUUACCCCGAUGGUAGCCAUCUCGGUGCGCUACCGUAUCUGGUCGGAAAACUUGGACUGAACUGUCCAAUCUACGCAACGAUUCCGGUGUACAAGAUGGGCCAAAUGUUUAUGUACGACAUGUUUAUGUCGCACUACAAUAUGCACGAUUUUGAUCUGUUCUCGUUGGACGAUGUGGAUGCGGCGUUCGAUAAAAUUGUACAGCUCAAGUACAAUCAAAGUGUGGCAAUGAAGGGUAAAGGGUACGGUAUUACAAUCACCCCUUUGCCGGCCGGUCAUCUGAUUGGGGGAACGAUUUGGAAAAUUGUAAAAGUCGGCGAGGAGGAUAUUGUGUACGCAACGGAUUUCAAUCACAAGAAGGAGCGUCAUUUGAAUGGAUGCGAGCUGGAAAAGUUGCAGCGCCCAUCGUUGCUGAUAACGGAUGCUUACAAUGCCCGGUACCAGCAGGCAAGACGAAGGGCACGGGAUGAAAAGUUCAUGACAAAUAUUCUUCAAACGUUACGAAACAAUGGAAACGUGCUGGUGACGGUUGAUACGGCGGGCCGCGUGCUCGAGCUAGCGCACAUGCUGGACCAGCUGUGGAAGAACAAGGAAUCGGGCCUGAUGGCUUACUCACUGGCGUUGUUGAACAAUGUUAGCUACAAUGUGGUAGAAUUUGCCAAAAGUCAAAUUGAAUGGAUGAGCGAUAAGCUGAUGAAAAGUUUCGAAGGCGCCCGUAACAAUCCGUUCACGUUUAAGCAUCUGCGGCUGUGCCACACGAUGGCCGACCUGGCGAAGGUGCCCAGCCCGAAGGUGGUGCUUGCCAGCUCGCCGGACAUGGAGAGUGGUUUUUCGCGUGAACUCUUCAUACAGUGGGCACCGAAUGCGAGCAAUAGCAUCAUCAUUACAAGCCGCUCGUCACCCGGUACGUUGGCGCGUGAUCUGAUCGAGAACGGAGGCAAUGGUCGAAAGAUCGAGAUGGACAUAAGGCGGCGGGUAGAGCUGGAAGGUGCCGAACUGGAGGAGUAUAUGCGAACGGAGGGCGAAAAGUUGAACCGAUCGAUCAAGAAGCGCGAUCUGGACGAAAGCAGUUCCGAUUCGGACUCGGAGCUGGAAAUGAACGUCAUUACCGGCAAGCAUGAUAUCGUGGUGAGGCCGGAAGGACGUUCGCAUACAGGAUUUUUUAAAUCGAGCAAGAAAAACUACGCCAUGUUUCCGUUCCACGAGGAAAAGAUUAAGUUUGACGAGUAUGGGGAAAUUAUUCAACCGGACGACUACCGUAUGGUGGAUCUAGGACCGGGUGACACGAACGGACCGGACGAUAACAAGGAAAACGGAGGUGGCAUCAAGCAGGAAGACAUUAAGAAGGAAAAGGACGAAGAAGCUUCGGUACUGGACAAACCGACCAAAUGUGUCCAGUCGCGCAAACCGAUCGAAGUGAACGCGCAGGUACAGUUUAUCGAUUUUGAAGGUCGAUCCGAUGGGGAAUCGUUGCUUAAAAUUCUCUCCCAACUGCGCCCACGGCGGGUAGUGGUGGUGCGUGGAUCGGCCCCUAAUACCACCCACAUUGCGGAGCAUUGUCAACAGAAUAUUGGGGCACGCGUUUUUACACCGAACCGUGGUGAGAUUAUUGAUGCGACGACGGAAACACACAUCUACCAGGUACGGUUGACCGAAGCGCUCGUCUCGCAACUUGAGUUCCAAAAGGGUAAAGACGCGGAGGUAGCUUGGGUCGAUGCACAGAUCGUUAUACGCAACAAACGUAUCGAUACGGUCGCAGAAAAGGAUACAGCAGCAGCAGUUAUCAACGGUGGUGGACUUUCGGCCAAUCCGACCGUUGCGCAGGCGAGUACAGGCGCGACAGGGACGAACACCGGCAGCGGUGGGUCAACCAAUGUUCCCGAUACACGGAUGGAGGUGGACGAAGAGCAUGACACGCUGGACGACAAGAUGGACAAACAGAUUCUAACGCUAGAACCGCUCUCGCAGGACGAUCUUCCACCGCACAAUCCCGUCUUCAUAAACGAGCUGAAGCUGAUCGAUUUCAAGCAGAUCCUGAUGAAGAGCAACAUUGCGUCGGAAUUUUCGGGCGGUGUGCUGUGGUGCAGCAAUGGGACGGUUGCGUUGCGCCGUGUCGACACCGGGCGCGUUACGAUCGAGGGUUGCAUUUCGGAGGAUUAUUACAAAAUCCGGGAACUGCUGUACGAACAGUACGCUAUCAUUUAAAUUUGCUCCAUUUUCU